CGCUCCCGAGAGAUUGUUGUGGCAGCUUUCUGAUCACUCCCGGAGGCUUGCCAUGGGCGAUUGAAAUUCGGGCUUGGGUUCGUGGUUUCUGGGGCGAUCAGGGAUGAAUGGGCCGGACGCCACAGCUAGAGGCGGACAGAGUGAGCACCACGACGAUGCCUCCAAGCAAUUGGUACCAUUCUACAAGCUCUUCACAUUUGCCGAUAGGCUGGACUACCUUCUCAUGUUUCUGGGAACCGUGGGAGCGAUUGGAAAUGGUCUCGCGAUGCCCUUCAUGACUCUCAUCCUGGGCCAAGUCACGAAUGCGUUUGGAAACAAUUUUGGCGACCCGGGGAAGCUCUUCGAUGCUGUCUCUCAGGUCGCCGUGAGAUUCCUCUAUCUUGGCGCUGGCGCAGCAGUUUUAUCAUUUUGUGAGGUUGCUUUCUGGAUUUGCACCGGUGAAAGGCAAGCCACUCGCAUCAGGAGUCUCUAUCUGCAAGCAACUUUACGUCAAGAUGUUUCGUUUUUUGAUAAAGAAACGAAUACCGGGGAGGUGAUCGAGCGUAUGUCGGGGGACACUGUUUUGAUCCAAGAUGCCAUUGGAGAGAAGGUAGGAAGGUUCAUACGGUUUGUAACAACGUUCGUCGGUGGAUUUGCUCUGGCCUUUAUCAAGGGAUGGAAACUUACACUCGUGAUGAUGUCGACUUUGCCCCUGCUGGUUGCUGCAGGAGCUACACUCGCUAUACUUGUUUCGAAAAUGGCUGGAAGGGGUCAGGUUGCGUACGCUAGGGCCGGAAAUAUAGUAGAACAAGUUGUCAGUGGCAUCAGAACGGUUGCAUCUUUCACAGGAGAGAUUAAGGCUGUGGAGGACUACAACAGUGCCUUGAAAGAUGCAUAUAAGGCCACCAUUUUUCAGGGUCUAGUCUCUGGAUUGGGGAUGGGAUUUGCUCUGUUCACGUUCUUCAACAGCUAUGCUCUGGCGUUAUGGUAUGGCUCAAGGCUAAUUAUCAAUGAGGGGUAUAGCGGGGGUACAGUUCUGAAUAUAAUCAUUGUCGUUCUUCUAGGAGCAAUGUCUUUGGGUCAGGCUUCACCUUGUAUCGGGGCGUUUGCCGCCGGUCGAGCUGCUGCAUAUAAAAUGUUUCAGGUUAUCAACCGGACACCACAGAUUGACUCUUUCGAUACGAGUGGGAUUACGCCCGGAACACUCAAAGGAGAUAUCGAGUUUCAAGACGUAGAUUUUGCUUAUCCAGCCAGGCCAGAGGUUCAGAUAUUCAAAAAGUUUUGCCUUAAGGUACCUGCUGGAACAACGGCUGCUUUGGUGGGGGAAAGUGGAAGUGGAAAGUCUACUGUUAUAAGCUUGCUGGAGAGGUUUUAUGAUCCAAGCGGAGGUCAAAUUCUUCUCGAUGGUUACGACGUGAGAGCGCUACAAAUUCAGUGGCUGAGACGUCAGAUUGGGCUUGUGAGCCAGGAGCCUGUUCUAUUCGGUGCAUCUAUAAGAACAAAUAUCGCUUAUGGAAAAGAUGGUGCAACGAACGAAGAGAUAUUACUUGCGGCCCAGCUCUCUAAUGCUUCGAAAUUCAUCAACAAGAUGCCAGAAGGCUUCGACACACAAGUUGGAGAGCAGGGAACGCAGUUAUCUGGAGGACAGAAACAACGCAUCGCUAUUGCUAGAGCUAUUAUAAAGAAUCCUCGUGUUUUACUACUUGAUGAAGCAACGAGCGCCUUGGAUGCUGAAUCCGAGCACGUAGUUCAAGAAGCUCUUGACCGGAUCAUGGUCGACCGCACAACAGUUGUAGUUGCUCAUCGUCUCUCUACGGUAAAGAAUGCGUCUCUCAUAUCUGUGGUACAAGAUGGAGCCAUUAUCGAGUCAGGUACACAUGUUGAGCUGCUUAAAAAUCCCGACGGUGCAUACUCUCAACUUAUCCGACUUCAAGAGGUGCACGAAGAAAGUGCUCCAGCAGUCGAUCCCGAUCAAGUAGCAACUCCAAAUGAACGGGCUCUGAGUAGAAGCGGCAGCAAAAAUUCUUCGGGACGGUGGUCGGGACGAUGGUCUUUUGGAAGUAGAAAAAGCCGCACGUCAUUCUCGAUCAGGAGAUCGGGCGGGGCCGCCCCCGAGAUGGAGUUUGUGGAGCUCGAGCCCAGACGAAAGCGUUUCUUAUUUUGCUUUCGCUCUGAGACGAGCGAGGACGUUGAAGCGGGCAGGGAUGCGGAGCCCAAGGAUGUCUCCAUAUUUCGAGUUGCAGCUCUAAACAGGCCAGAACUUCCGAUACUUAUUUUCGGAUCAGUGGCCGCAGUCGCUCACGGAAUAAUUUUUCCAGCCUACAGUCUGUUACUAUCGAGUAUGCUGGCCACGUUCUUCGAGCUCGACACACACAAACUCCAAACCGACUCAAACUUCUGGGCGCUGAUGUUCGUCGUGAUGGCUGCUGGCAGCAUCGUCGUUUGUCCUUCUAACUUAUUCUCAUUUUCAAUAGCGGGUAGCAGGCUGGUUAAUCGUAUCAGGCAAAUAACUUUUUCAAAUAUCAUCCGACAGGAAGUCUCGUGGUUUGAUACACCGGAGAACUCAAGUGGUGCCAUCGGUGCACGGCUUUCGUCGGAUGCUGCUAGUGUUCGAGGAAUGGUAGGAGACUCUUUGUCCUUGGCCGUGCAAAAUGGAUCAACCGUUGUUGCGGGGCUUGUAAUUGCAUUCACUGCAGACUGGCAGCUAGCUCUUCUCAUCCUGGGAAUGGUGCCUGUUCUGAGCAUUGUCGGCCUUCUCCAAGUCAGGUUGAUGACGGGCUUUAGCGCUGACGCCAAGACCACGUACCAAGAAGCGAGCCGAAUUGCAACGAGCGCAGUGAGCAACAUUCGCACCGUUGCAUCGUUUUGUGCGGAGAAGAAGAUGCUGGAACUGUACAAGCAAUCGUGCAAGAAGCCUCUCGCCAAUACUGUUCGCAUUGGAUAUAUCAGUGGUGCUGGUCUUGCCAUCUCCACUCUCGUGCAGUUCGGUUCGCAAGCUCUCAUCUUCUGGUAUGGUGCCCGCCUCGUCCGCCAGGGAAAGACAGAAUUUAAGAACGUUUUUAAGGUGUUCUUUGCUAUCAUCUUCACUGCUCUUAGUGUCUCCCAGACACUGGGACUAGCUCCAGAUCUUUCAAAGGUGAAAGCUUCCGUCGCUUCGAUCUUCGCUACCAUCGAUAAGAAGUCCAAGAUCGACGCAGCAGACCCUUCAGGAAGGGAGUUAGAGGAUCUCAAAGGCCAUAUUGACUUUCGGCACGUUAGCUUCCGGUAUCCUACCAGGUCUCACGUACCGAUUUUCCACGACCUGAGCUUCUCCGUUCGAGCAGGGAAGACAUUGGCUCUAGUCGGAGAAAGUGGCUGUGGGAAAUCAACAGUGAUUUAUCUCCUAGAGCGAUUCUACGAUCCCGAUGGAGGCCACAUCUUGGUCGACGGCGUCGACAUCCGAAAGCUCCAGCUACGAUGGCUUCGCCAACAAAUCGGUCUUGUCAGCCAAGAGCCGAUUCUCUUCACCGGAACCAUCCGCUCAAACAUCUCGUAUGGAAAGGACGGCACUGUGACCGACGAGGAGGUAGUGAACGCUGCGGUGGCCUCCAACGCUCACGAGUUCAUCACGAGCCUCCCAGACGGCUACAACACACAGGUUGGCGAGCGAGGAAUCCAACUCUCGGGUGGACAGAAGCAGCGGAUCGCCAUCGCCAGGGCUAUCAUCAAGCAGCCCAAGAUCUUGCUGCUGGACGAAGCCACCAGCGCUCUCGAUGCCGAGUCGGAGCACGUUGUCCAGGCGGCGCUCGACCGGAUCAUGGUGGACAGAACAACCAUCGUCGUCGCGCACAGGCUCACGACGAUCGUCAAUGCGGACAUGAUCGCGGUGGUGAAGAAUGGAUCGAUCGUCGAGAAAGGGAAGCACUCGGACUUGGUGCACGUCGAGGGAGGAGCUUACGCCUCGCUCGUCAAGCUCCAUGCCGCGGCUUAGACAUCCCACGGCUAUUAUUUAAACUAUGAAUCCAACGGUAGAGUUUUGUGGGUUUA